UCCCCAUCCUCUGGUUCUAAGAUACUUUAGCUUCUCGCACUUUCCACUACUGAAUGCAUUCUCACUUGACUACUAACUUGCUGAAUAUACGAGAUUCAUCAUGAUGAGCUUAAAGCCUAGAAUGCGUCUCUUCUCUGUCCUCCGCUAUGCUCCAGCAGCUCGCCGCCGCUUUGCGACCGAGGCGCGGUUAACCUCGGACCAUGUUCGCAUCGUCGAGGUCGGCCCACGAGACGGCCUUCAGAACGAGAAGAAGUCCAUCCCGCUCGAAACCAAACUCGAGCUCAUCCGAAAACUGGCCAAGACGGGCGUGACGACAAUUGAGGCUGGAUCUUUUGUUCCUGCAAAAUGGGUGCCUCAGAUGGCCAGCACAGCGGAGAUCUGCGAGCACCUGCUGCAAACACCGCCGGAGUCGGCCAACGUCAUUGCGUACAACUACCUGGUCCCGAACGUCCGGGGCCUCGAGAACCUGAUCAAAGUCCUGGAUGCCACCGGCGUCCCCGCCGACGCUCCGUCGACCACGACGGAGAUCUCCUUGUUCGCGGCCGCCACGGAGGCCUUCUCCAAGGCGAACACGAACUGCACGAUCGACGAGUCGCUGGAGCGCGUGCGGCCGGUGGUCGCCCUGGCGAAGACGCGCAACAUCCGGGUGCGCGGCUACGUCUCGGUGGCGCUGGGGUGUCCCUACGAAGGGCCCGAGGUGUCGCCCGUCAAGGUGGCGGACAUCACGCGCUCGCUGCUGGAGAUGGGCGCCGACGAGGUCUCCGUGGCGGACACCACGGGCAUGGGCACCGCGCCCCGCACGAUGGAGCUGCUGCAGGCGCUUCGCGCGGCCGGCAUCGCCAGCACCGACCUCGCGCUGCACUUCCACGACACCUACGGCCAGGCCCUGGUCAACACGAUCGUGGGGCUGGAGCAUGGCAUCCGCAUCUUCGAUAGUAGCGUCGGCGGGCUUGGCGGCUGCCCCUACUCCAAAGGCGCCACGGGGAAUGUCUCGACGGAGGAUAUGGUGCACACGGUCCACAGUCUGGGGAUGAAUACGGGGAUCAACCUGGAGGAGAUGGCGAGGAUCGGGGCGUGGAUCAGCGGGGAGCUGGGGCGGUUCAAUGAGAGCCGGGCCGGGAAGGCGAUUUUGGCGAGGAGUGAGGAGGAUAAUCUCCCCCUCUCCUUUCUGGUUAUGUCUUCACCGUCUAGAGAAGACGAACCAUCAAUGCUACCUCUCCCCGGAGCGCCAUCUUCGUCAUGGUCCCAGUUUCGUGGACGCCUUGCAGCUCUCUUCCAUGGAGCUGAUCCAAGAGUCUGUGUGGCAUUUUGGCUCUUCGGCUUGAUCAACAAUGUCCUCUAUGUCAUUAUCCUCUCUGCUGCCCUGGAUCUCGUCGGCCCCGACCUGCCGAAAGGCGUGGUGCUGCUCGCCGACGUGAUCCCCUCCUUCGGCACCAAGCUGGUCGCUCCGUAUUUCAUCCAAGCAGUGCCGUAUCCCGUAAGGGUCUUGGUAUUCGUCACCUUCUCUACCACCGGCAUGCUGCUCGUUGCCUUGAGUCCGGCCUACACGGACGGUGGCCCGAUUGCCACUAAGAUCGCAGGCAUCAUCCUGUCGAGUAUGUCCAGCGGAGGGGGCGAACUUUCCUUUAUCGCUCUCACGCAUCACUACGGCCCGUUCAGUCUGGCUUCUUGGGGCAGUGGCACGGGUGCUGCAGGCUUGGUGGGUGCUGGCGCAUACGCUUUAGCCACCUCCUCUUUCGGCUUCAGCGUCAAAGCAACUCUUCUGGCCUCGGCGUGUUUGCCGGCGGUCAUGGUUAUUAGUUUCUUCACGAUUCUACCCCAGUCCCCGGUGCGCUCGUUUUCGGCACAGAGGACAGGCUACGGUUCUCGGGAGGAGCACACAGCCGAUGACGUUGAUGAGAGGGAGCAGUUGCUCGACGAAUCGACCGAUGAGAGUCAGAGCCAGAAAAAGCCAGCUUCCAACGAUACUGGCCUUGGAUGGCAGGCGUUUAAGGCUAACUUACAGCGAUCUAAGGGACUCUUUCUUCCAUUUAUGCUCCCACUGUUGCUGGUCUAUGUCGCCGAGUACACCAUUAAUCAGGGUGUCGCACCGACAUUGCUUUUCCCUCUCCAAGACUCCCCCUUCGACCACUAUCGCGCAUUCUACCCAGCUUACAAUGCGAUCUACCAAGUUGGGGUCUUCAUUUCCCGGUCUUCGACCCCUUUCUUCCGUGUUCAUAGCCUGUACUUUCCGUCCUUUUUACAAUUUCUCAACCUAAUCAUCUUAACGCUACACUCGUUGUUCAACUUUAUUCCCAGCGUGUGGUUGGUGUUUGGGAUUGUUUUCUGGGAAGGGCUUUUGGGCGGCCUUGUCUAUGUCAGCACUUUCGCUGAGAUCGCCGAUCGGGUGCCGGUGGAGGAACGGGAAUUCUCGCUGGGAGCCACGACGGCGAGUGACUCGGGCGGCGUCUGCAUUGCCGGGUUUAUCAGCAUGGCGUUUGAGAGUCAACUUCUUCCAACCAACUCCCAUUCUCUCCUUCUAAAUCACUUCGUUUGUACGCUCUUGCUUAGGACUUGGUACCACCUUUUGGGAAGACCGUCCACCAAAUUCCGAAAGAUCCAGGUCCUGGCUGUAUUCGCAUUCUGGUCGCUAUAUUUAACAAGGGGAAACAAGCAUGGCCCGCCCGUUGUUCGCAAACUCUCCUCCCGCCUUACGGAAAAGCUCAGCGUCUGGCAGACUACGGUCAUCGUCUUCCUCUGGCUCUAUGUCAGUCGCAACUUUGCGAAGAUAGUCGGCCUGGAAUGUCCAGAGCCCCUGGCAAACCUAUACUCACGCUCUUUCUUCCGAGCGACAUGGAUCGCCACCGCCUUGGACGCUGGUUUCUGGACCGCGAUGAAAGUCAAACCCAAGUGGCUGCGGGAGAUAGCGUCGCUGGUCUUCACUGUAUACUAUCUCAUUGCCGCGGAGAGGGCGGAUGAAAAGGUCCGUCGGGUCCGGGCCACGCUGACGCUGGACCACAUGCGGGUCUCGUGGAACAAAGGGACUUCGCCGUAUCUCUGGGCCCUAGCGAGCCUGACACGGCCCAGACUCACCAAAUAUGCGCCGCGGGCGAUUCGCAUUCCUCGACCGGCGUCUUCGAUAUAUGACCAGCCGACGAAUGCGUGGCUGUAUUUUGACGGCCCUUUGAGUGAGCUGCGGGACCAGACAUGCAUUGUUUUGGACAUCCCCGGCGGGGGGUUUGUGUCGAUGAGCCCUAGGAACUCGGAGGAUAGGCUGUUGAGUUGGGCCGCACGGACAAAAGUUCCUAUCCUAAGCCUGGACUAUAAGAAGGCGCCGGAGUAUCCCUAUCCGUACGCCUUGAAUGAAUGUUACGACGUGUACCACACAAUUGUGUCCACCCGUGGCCGCUGUAUUGGACUCAAUGGGCAAACCCAUCCUCGAAUUGUCAUCACGGGGGAUAGCGCUGGCGCAAACCUCGCUGUAGGCAUGACGCUGAUGGUCCUCCAGUCGGGCAGUGCGGAUGCGUCACUCUGGCAAGGGCAGAACGUCCUGCCUCGACCUGACGGGCUCGUUCUAGCUUACCCUGCUUUGAACAUGAAGAUCGAAAGCUGGAUGACGGAGGAGCAGAUGGCGCUGAUCCAGGAGAAAAGCACCCGUCGGACCAACCAGAACGUCUUGCAGCGCAAGAACAUGGACUAUCAGCGCCUCACGCCCUACACCUCUCCUGGUACAUCGUUUGCCGACCUCCAGCAAGACUCGUGCUCCGAUUUAGAUCUUGAGGCCAACGACCUCGGCGAAAAGACGACGCGCAGACUAGCUCAGCACCAGCACAAAUCCGCCAUGCUAGCUCAAGAGGCCGAGGCCGCCGCCGUCGCCGAGCACCAGCCCAAGCAGAUCCGCACUCGCCUAGCGGUAUCAUCGGUGAUCUCGUACGUCCAGGACCGGAUCCUCACCCCGGAGAUGAUGCGAGCAAUGAUCAUUCUCUACAUCGGACCGCAUAACCGCCCCGACUUCAACACAGACUAUCUCCUCUCCCCGACCCUCGCGCCGGAGGCGAUCCUCGCGCGCUUCCCGAAGACGUACAUCAUCACCGGCGAACGCGAUCCUUUGGUCGACGACACAGUGAUAUUCGCUGGGCGUCUACGUCAAGCGAAACUACGACACUUCCAAGAACGACAGGACCUCGGCCUCGAGAAAUCCCACCGCGCCUUCAAUGACAAGGACCACGUCGAGGUGUCCCUGCUGCCCGGCAUCUCGCACGGCUUCAUGCAGAUGGCCGGCUUUUUCCCCGAAAGCUGGAAACAUAUCAACCGAUGCGCCACCUGGAUCAGCGAGCUGUUCGCCUUGUCGGAGACCAAGACCGCCUCCUCCUCAAGCCUGUUGCAAUCACUCCACGAUCUCAACCAACCAGCCAAGAAGAAACCCCCUCCACUCCACAGCCUCCAGCACCUCCUCACCCACCGCCCCCGCACCCGCAACCACAGACGCCGGCUAACAGGCGAAUCCUCCGCCGACGAAGACAAACCCCUCGAGAUGAGCAUCACCAAACUCACCCCGCUCACCCCGCUGGGCAGCAAAGUCGGGGGGAGGCCCAGCUCCACCGGCCCACAACCUGCCGAUGACGACCACGACGAAGCAUCCAUCAACACAAACGGAAAUAUCCGUAACCCCGAACGCCUCCGCAGCGUCUCCCGGGGCCGCUCUCUCAAGUCCCCCGCCAUCGGUACCAGAAAGCCGCAGCGACAGCAACACCGCGUCCCCGCCAAACUAAGUCUUCCGCCGGACGAUUUCGAGUGCGAGGAAGAGGAAGAAGAGGGAUAUGUCUCCGACUACUUCCAGAGUGCCGUGGCGAUCAUCCCCCUGCGCGAGAGGAAUCGGAGCAUGAACAGCCUGGCGAGUGAGGAGGAUCUGUUGGAUCGGCGGAUGACGGGGCUGGCCGGGGGGUUGAUGGGGAUCGGGGAGGGGGCUCGGACGCCGUAG